GCUGUGGACUGCGAGUCCGGCCCCUUCCCCGACCCCCAGCCAAAAAUCCCUCACAGAUACACAACAGUACAUGAGAGAUCCCUACCAAGAGCAGGACAAGUCUCAGACCCCCCUGAAGACUCUCAGACCCCCAGGGAUCCCACCACCACCAUGAAGGAACUUAAAGCCCUGAAGAUCCGGAUCGCCUUCUUUAUCACCCUGAUUGGGGUGUCUCUGAUGUUGGCCGCCAUCAUGGGUAACCAUUGGGCGGUCAUGAGCCCGAAGGUGGACGAUUUCACCCAUCCCUGCGAGGUGGCCCACUUCGGCCUGUGGAAACUGUGCACCAAGAGGAUCACGGUGGAGGGCAACGAUGUGGUGAGCACCCUGUGUGGCCCACUCAGUCUUCCUGGAGAGACAAACUGCUCUUACUUCAAGCAUUUCACCUCUGGAGAAACCUCGGAGAUAUUACAGGUCACCACUCAGAAAGAGUACAGCAUCUCGGCUGCAGCCAUCGCCAUCAUCGGGGUCGGCUUCAUGACCAUGGGCACCUUCUGCACCCUUCUGUCCUUCCGGGAGAAGCUGGACUACCUCCUCAAACCGGCCGGCCUUUUCUACGUCUUCGCAGGUCUGUGUAUGAUCAUCUCGGCGGAGGUCAUCAGGCAGUCUGUGCACCGGAUGAUCGACAGCAAGGAGACGGUGUGGAUCGAAUAUUACUACUCCUGGUCCUUCGGCUGCGCCUGCGCCUCCUUCGGUCUGCUCUUCCUGUGUGGCAUCGCCCUGGUGCUCAUCUCUUUGCCCCGGAUGCCCAGGAACCCAUGGGAGUCGUGUAUGGACGCUGAGCCCGAGAUCUGAGGGGCCCCAUCCAUGUCACCGUUGCACUCCAGACGGCAGAUUUAAAAAAAUGUUGAUGGUCUCCGAGGGCCCCCCUCCCCCCCCCCCAAAAAAAGCCUUCAGACCAAUAAAGACGCAGCUCUGCUGAUCUGUACAAUUCCGUCUCCAUGUCAGCAGGAUGGAGAAGGUUCCUUACUGUAUAGAGCUACAAGGAGGAUCAUAGAGUUCAUUGGUUGGUUGUAACUUUUCCCCUCCCCCCCCCCCAGGGCGUCUCUCACCCCACAGCCCCCCUCGUCUGCCUGGAACGAGCCAAUGACAGCGUUCGGACCCGGUACUAGACUUAAGAUGGAGCUCCGGGUGUUAAAAAAAAACGACAAACUAUUGAAUGAAGAUCCCUCUUUUGUUUUCUGCAUGCAAAAUUCUGUUUUUGGAUGGAGUGAGUGUGUAUGGUGGGGGGGGGGGUUAGAACCCCCAUCAGGUUUUUAUUGCUGGGGAUGUUACAUGAUUCUCUGUAUACAACGAUCAUCAAUAUUCUAAAUGAGUCUGGACAAUCCUGGAGGUUACAUAUUAUAUAAGUACUGAUGAAGGGGCCUGAACCUCCGAAACGCGUUGCCUUUCUUUUCUUUUUUUGUUUUUCUACCAAACAUUCAAUUAAAAAAAAUUCUGGAA